UUCCAAUUCCCAACAACAUCGAUCAAUCAACGCAAAUGGUGUACCAACUCGUUAUUUGGGGUCUGAUCACUGCUCUCUUGGCCCUGAUCCUGAGAAUCUCCCUCCAAAUAUCCGCCGCCAGAAGCAACAGAAAACGCGCCGUCGCCUUCUUCCACCCCUACACCAACGACGGCGGCGGCGGAGAAAGAGUACUCUGGUGCGCCGUUAAAGCCAUCCAGGACGAAAACCCCUCCCUCGACUGCCUCAUCUACACCGGCGACCACGACGCCUCUCCUCACUCCUUGACCGCCCGUGCCGUCGACCGCUUCGGCGUCAAACUCGUUCACCAACCCAAGGUGGUGCAUUUGAGUAAGAGGAAAUGGGUCGAGGAGGCCACCUACCCCCGGCUGACCAUGAUCGGGCAGAGCCUCGGCUCUGUCUACCUCUCAUGGGAGGCGUUGACGAAGUUCACUCCUACUUUUUACUUCGACACCGCUGGCUAUGCCUUCACGUACCCAAUUGCCCGGCUGUUUGGUUGCAGGGUUAUCUGCUACACCCAUUACCCCACAAUCAGCUGCGACAUGCUUUCCCGGGUCAGCCGGCGGAGCUCCAUGUACAACAAUGACGAAUUCAUUGCUCGGAGCAAUUGGCUGUCCAGCUGCAAAGUCGUAUACUACAAUAUAUUUAGCCGGAUGUAUGGGAUUGUAGGCUCUUGUGCUCAUCUUGUUAUGGUUAAUUCGUCCUGGACUCAGUCCCAUAUCGAAAAGCUCUGGAACAUUCCCACACGGACUAAGCGGGUCUACCCUCCUUGUGAUACUUCUGGACUACAGGCGCUUCCGUUGGAAAGGCCAGCUGAACCGGCAAAAAUUAUAUCUGUUGCUCAGUUUCGGCCAGAGAAGGCACAUGGUCUCCAACUUGAGGCCUUUGCAGUUGCCAUAGGAAAAUUAGAUGCACACUUGCCCAGACCGAAGCUUCAGUUUGUGGGUAGCUGUCGGAAUAAGGCAGAUGAGGAAAGAUUGCAACAUUUGAAAGAUAAAGCAAUUGAACUGAAGGUUGACGGCGACGUGGAAUUUCAUAAAAAUGUAUUAUACAGGGACUUGGUGCAACUUCUGGGAGGGGCCAUCGCAGGAAUCCAUUCAAUGACGGAUGAACACUUUGGAAUAAGUGUUGUGGAGUAUAUGGCUGCAGGAGCCAUCCCAAUUGCACAUAACUCUGCCGGCCCGAAAAUGGACAUUGUUUUAGCAGAAGAUGGAUUGCAAACAGGAUUUCUUGCCCGCACUGUGGACGAAUAUGCAGAUGCCAUCCUCAACGUCAUAAAGAUGCCAGAAAGCGAGAGGCUGAAGAUGGCUUCAGCUGCGAGGAAGCGGGCUGGCAGAUAUUCGGAGCAAAGAUUCUACGAAGAUUUCAAAGCUGCAAUCUCCCCAGUGCUCACCCAUUCUUCUAGUUAAUGGACUAAACAUCAAUCACAGGAUACUCGUAACUUAACAGAGAAGAGCCCUUUGCAUCGGACUUUAGUUGUACUGCAUUUUUCGUUGCCCCGAGCCUUACCGGUAACUGAAAAAGUCCGAUUAAGCCACUGUAACUCUAACCGUUUGAUGGUGUCUUCUUUCAAAUCAUAUACCGGUAUUCAACAUCCACAUUUACCCUUUCCGUAACGCCCUUCAUUUUCGGGUUCUUUGUUGAGAAUGAGUUUAGUUGCUUCAAGUUCGGAUUGGAUAUUUUGAAUGAGGAUCCUCUCCAGGUCCUCUUCAUGAUAAUUCUUAAAUCGUGUCCGUUCAUUGUACAUCGUGCAGUCAAAAAUCAUUUUAAAUAUUUUUAUUUAAAAUUAAAUACAAAUUGUAUUUGAUGAAAAUUGAUUGCACGAUAUACGAUGAACGGUCACGAUUUGAGGAUUCUCAAGAUCCUCAUUAUCGGUCACGACUUGAGGAUUCCAGGAUCCUCCUGGGGAUAUUUUUACAUAAUACCGAUCAUGGUAGAUUGGAUAAAAUUGAAAGAUACAAAAUCUAACCGAAACUUGUUAUGGUAUAAUUCAAUAAACGACAUGCCGUUGGGAUGUAGAAAACCAAAAGUAAGAAAGACGUGCCAGGCACGCGCUCGGACAUGCUGUGGUGGCAUCAAAUUCUCAUCCCCUUUCCUUUGGAUUACAGACCAUCCACUCCAUUGCUUGCACCACAACGCAGACGAUACACAGUAAACUCUUUGCUCUCUCUCUCUCUCUCUCUCUCUCUCUAUAAAUGGUUGGGCCGUAGACGACCAUAAAAAUGGCUGUUUCAUUCAACUCGGUGCUGGGCUUCAACUCCACGUUACAGGCCAAGUACCAGAAUGUGUCGAAAGGUUCUGUUGGAGCUUCUAUACCAGCGGCCACCACCCAAUUCACAUCCUUCUUUGGAACAUUUGGACAAAGGAGGCGUAUAAGUGAAAAACGAUGGGGCUUAUGUCUUUCAGUUGCGGAUGGCAAUCAGCUCACCACAGACCCCGGUGACAAGGCUUCCGAAACUACUCCAAGUUCUCCCGAUGGUCGAUUACCAGCUGUUGAUUCAACGUCUUCGGCUCAGUUCCGAACGAGUGUCCUUGAUCAGUCCGGGCCUCCAAGCUCUGAGCCUCCCAAUGGCUUGUUGGAUUCCUCAAAUCCAAAGGAGGCAUCUCAGUCACCUGACGUGCAACCCAAGUCAAAAAGAUCGCCCCUAACAGCAAGGGAGAGACUGAGGGCAGCCAAGGUUCUCAGUCGUUACACGGACUCAAAGCCGUCUAAGAAAUCAGCUAGGGGCAAGAAUGUAUUGGAUGCUCUCAGAGACAGCGAACGCGGAAAGAAAAGAUCCGGACUUCCAGAGGCCCCUACAAACAUUUUUGACGACAGCAAGCGAGGGAUGCCAAAGCAGGGCCUCACUUGGGAAUUUCCGGGGGGUAAUGAUUUGUUUCUAAUUCUCUUUUCGUUUGUAUUUAUCAGCACGGUGAUGUUCGCUACAACGUACGUAGUUUGGAAACUUGGUGCCAUACAUUUCAAUGAAAAUUGAGACGGACUGCGGUUGGCAUCCCCGAGUUUUGCACCAGCCACCUUGAUGCUUCUGUGUACCAAAGUUCUCAUCUUCCACAGGACUAGGGUUUGAAAACCAUUGUAGGCAAGAUAUACAUGUCAACGUACAAAGAUUUGCAGGGUCAAUAUUUGUAUCACUAUUAUUCAACAUUUACUGCAACUACACUGUUGUAGCUUCAUUGGAAAGAAACAUAUGGUAAAGGCUAUUCAAUUCCUUGAA